AUGGGUGGUGGUAACGGUGCCAAAGCAGCUCAGAAACGUGAACGGAAUGCGAAAGCUACUGGUGCCACGGCCAAGUCUCAGCUCAAAGUGAAUGAAGCCGCGAAGAACAUUCAAUGCAAGGUCUGUUUCCAAACGUUUCUACAAACCAGUCGAGAACCUGCUCUGAAAGAGCAUGCAGAAAACCGGCAUAGUAAAGCCUUACUCGAGUGUUUUCCGAUGUGGAAACCCUAG